AUCGCUCCACGUUUCGGUCAUUCCGUGCCCGGCGCUGUAGCGAACGAGUGUCAAUAUGUGUAAUGUAUGUUCUCGCGAUGUUUCCGACGCGGCGGUCGUCGAAGCCAAACCGCCGCCACCGCCUCCGCGAAAAGCGAAUAAACGGUUGGAACGCAUGAAGACAAAACAUAAUAUAGUGACAGAUCCGACGAACGCUGAGAAACAGAAGGAAGUGGAGUACCAGCCUGAUUUACUGGCAGUUUCGACACAGUACACUAAAAUAGUUUACGAUGUGGUGAAGCAGGGGCUCGCUAGGUUGCAUGAGACGAAGUCCUUCGUAGUAUUAACCCGCACAUCGCAGCCGUUCCACGUGGCACUCGGCGUCAUAGUCCUCAUCACGUGGCUGAGCAGACCAGGCUCGGAGACGCAAGUCAGGGGAUGGAAGGCAUUAUAUAUCGGCGCCCUGGCCACGCAUCUCGGAGCACAAAUAUGGAUGACAUUUGUUUCUGGCAUCGUGUUAUAUUUCUCCUUGCCACGCCACGUGUUCGGCAGUGUCCAGACGGUGCUGUUUCCAGUGUACUACGCCUUCAACUCCAUGCUCAGCCUGCUGGGUUUGCUGGCGUACAUCAGAGUCCAGUGUUUGACCAAAUUCCAGAAUACCUCGUGGAUACAGAUAUCGCUGAUAUUCGCAGUAUUCUGCAUAGAGGCGUACGUGCGCCUGCGCCUCGUGCGGCCGAUGCUGCGCGCCAAGCACAUCAAGACUCAGAUGGAGGAAGCCGCGGGCGGUGGACAGGAGGUUGGCACCUUAAUCCUGGGUGAAUUAGCUCACUGUCCGCGUUACGUUCGCGUGCUGAAGACCUUCAGGAGAUACCACUCCACCAUCGCCAUGGGGACCAUGAUCACCCUGGGCUGUUCCUUGUACUCCAUAAUGAUAGUUGUCGACUCCGUGUGUCUAUAAACUCUAUAGUUUUUGUUAGUAGGUAGUGUCUAAUAGAAAUUCAGGAUCAUUUCAGAUCACUUCCACGUCAGCCAAGUUUUAUAGACAAGAUAAACGUUGGCAAAAGUUGAUGUGAUGAUUCGCCAUCUUGUAAUUACACCGUAUCUCUAAAAAUAUGUAAUACAUAUAAAAAAGGUACGUGCGCGUGAAAUGUAAUGUUCAUAAUCCGUAUCUACGUCAUUAAUUUAUUGUGACCCAUGCCCGAGCUACAGGGGCUAACAGUGGCUUUAAGAGGCCCCUUAAGUGGAAAAAGAUACGCCGACAUUGAUCAUUAGGCAGCUUGAUAGUAGGUAUGGCGGCGAUGUGAUUAUCUUGGACAUAUUUUUGUAGUAGCAGCUGACAGGGCCCAUAUUGAGGAAUUUGUCACCUUACGCCUCUAAAAUAACUGUAUGUAUUUGAUAAAAAUCAUCAGAAGCAAUAAACCGAACCAGUAGUGUAAGCCAAACUCACUGACACUAUUAGUCACAAUAUAAUUGUACCGCUCCCGCUCCCGACCCGUGCGCGGUACCCAUUCUAAAUCUAUGCUGGCUCCAGUAUUCAAAAGACAGAAUGUCAAUGUCAAAAUGCGUUUUUGACACCUUCCAAUGCUGUCCCUCGAUGAUAUAUCGCACUAAUACUCCUUCGUUACCUUAGAGUUUUGUUUGAAACAUGUACCGUCAUACAAUAAAUGUUAUCUAUCAAUGCAUUCAUAACAGCAAGUUGUUUAACAUACUCAUAGUUCCUAUGCAUUAUUGUAUUUUUUACACAUAAUCAAUAAAUAUAGUUGGAAAGACCAAAUCGUUUUUCUAUUUGAAAGAAUUUUCGAUUACAACUUUAACUGGCUAUUGUAUUGUUUUCACGUAUUGUGUAUCGUAAUAGUAAAUCCUUUCCGAUGUCUAGGAUAUUAGAAUUUAACGUUCUUGGUACCAAUUGUGAGUUUGGUUGAUAAAGUGGUAAAGGAUCGUUUUCAUUAAAACGAUAAAAUCGCAAUAAAACUACUUCCAAUUCAGGCUGUGAUCAAAAACUAUAGCAGUUUUGGAAAAUAUUGUAUAGUAUUAAAUCAUAUUAUUACUAUAUUUUAUGAGUAUAUUCUAAGGUAUUUAAAAUUAAUCAGAAACCGCGCUGGACGCGAUCAUUUGUUAUGUAGUUAUUCAAAUUAAUAAAUUCCAAAUUGUUAAACAUAAUCUUGAAUAUAUAAGUAGGCAAUUUAUGACAUAAGAAUAGAGUAUAGAACAUGUGAUAUCGUCAAUACAUUGUGAACAUACAUUAUAUGUUUGUUAUUAUGAUGAAUAGGUAGGUGGUAAUAUUCAAAAUUAUUUAAGUUGAAAAUAAAAAUGGAGAAGAAUAAUAUACAAUUGAAGUAAGUAUACUAUUUUGUAACACUGUAUUGACGCUAUUAUAACAAUUAUAAAUUUAUGCAAACAGAUAUAAUAAAUAAUAUAAUUUAUAGUCUCAAAAUAAAGUUGCGUUUGAAAAGUGGAUAUAUUAUCUUGUAAUCUAGGUACCUAGGUUAAGAUAAUUGUAAUACUAAGUAUGGCAUUUAUCACAUGCCACUGGUUUUUGCUUGCCUGUGAGCAAAAGCCGAACUUGAAUGAAAGUGUAGCGGCCGCAGCUAGCCCAUCGUGAAGCUGCUUGAUCAUAUUGAAACUCAUGUUGUUGGCUCUCUAAUUUCCUGCAAAUACUGCCAUAAAAUAGUGUUAUGUGUAGUGUUUAAGUAGAAUAUAGAAUGUCGACGUCGCUAUUUUGUUGAUCCGUAACCGUGGACUCCUGAACGCAGGAAGUUAUGAGACACGCAACGUCUUUCCGCACUGUUGGCGCCGUAUUCAUUUCUCGACUGUAACCUGGUGUUACAGUUGAAAGAAAUCGCAAUAACUUACAAGUAAAUACCGCUGUUUUUGAAGCGACGCUAGCGAUUGCGUAGACGGCGUCCAAUAGUGAUGUUGCGACUAAAUCUAGUCAGCGACACCGUUAUUAUUUUUACGCUGUAAUGGAAAUGCGGCUUAAGACAGAGCCGUUUUAGUAUUUUUGUAUAAAAAUUUUAAUAUGGUUCUGUGAUUCUGGGCAAAGUCAAGCAGCUCCUAUUGAAGGGAAAUUGGCGAUGGGUUUAUAUUCGAAAUUAGCAAAUUCCUAUUUUUUAUUAAAGUUUAGUAUAGUUAACAUAAACUUAUAAGUGUAUUUAAACUUGUUGUGUACCUAAGUAUUUUAUGUUUGAUAAUUAUUGUAUAUGUUCAUGAUCUGAAUGACGUUUUAUGAUUUGGUAAGACUUCGCUAUUUAUUUGAGAGGAAUGUCGUUGUGAAGUAAUCAAUCAAGCAUUGAAAUUAUUUAUGAAUUAGGAAAAUAUAAAUGUUUAAUCACAAA